GCGCCGCCUCAGGCCGAUUUUUAGAACAUGGUUAUAAUUGACAUGGAAGUCUGGAAGAGACGGUAUCUCGUGAUGGUUGGAGCAGAUUGGCAAAACAAAUGGAUAUCCCGUUGUUCUGUACUACUGCAACUCCUCGUGGCUGUACAAUUUCAGAACCCAAAAUAUCGGUCGCCGGACCUGUUUUAAACACCAGAUACCCAAACUUAACUAUAGUUUUGGAUGCAAAAUCCUCGAUUGCACCGAGGAAAAUUGCCUCUUUUCGUUUUUUCCGUCGGAAUAAGCCUGUGAUUGUUUGUCUCUCCUGUUUCCUUGCUAGAAGUCAUGUCUUAACUUUGUCAAAGGCUUUGUAUUCCCAAUAUAGGGCUUCUUUUGUCAAGGGUGAUUAUGGAAAUAAUCUGGACCCUGCGGAUGAUGAUAUUGAUGAUGUUGUUGAGGAGUGCAUAGACGAAACAUAUGACUUAGUGUCUGAUUCUGAAAGUGGGGAUGAUUGUAUCGAGAUAGAAAUAGAGAAAAUAGGCAAGAAUAGCCGGAGAAUUAGAUCCAAGGUAGUUAUACAGGCCAGCCUCCAAGCAGUUUGGGAUUUACUGACUGAUUAUGAAAGAUUGUCCGAUUUCAUUCCAGGCCUCGCAGUCAGCAAGUUGCUUGAUAAGAGAGAAAAUUUUGUUCGUCUCUAUCAGAUUGGUGAGCAAAAUUUGGCAUUCGGGCUGAAAUUCAAUGCAAAAGGUACGAUUGAUUGUUUUGAGAAAGAUCUCGAGACUCUUCCCUCUGGUCAAAAGCGUGAUAUUGAGUUCAAGAUGGUUGAGGGCGACUUUCAACUCUUUGAAGGAGUAUGGUCUAUUGAACAGAAUGUCUCAGGCCUUGAAACGACCCUUGUGUAUAUUGUUAAUGUGAAACCAAAAGUGUGGUUGCCUGUGCGCCUGGUUGAAGGUAGACUCUCAAAGGAGAUAAGAUCAAACCUCUCGUGCAUACGUGAAGAAGCCGAGAAAGCAUUUCGGAAUACACAUUCUGGAUUGUAGCAGUUGAAGGAUUCAGUAAUUGGAGACACUAUGCAUGCCUUGGAUAUCAAAUUGUUCACCAGUUGACUCCAUUAAUUUGCUGCAGCUCUUUCUUUGUUCAGCUGGCUAAGAGGAGUUUGUCAAUUUGGAGGUUUUUUCUUUUCAACUAUUUUAUCAGAAAAUCGCAGCACAUAUAGUCAGAGUUUUCUAUGUUAACCCGUCUGCUUUAAGUGCUCUCUUGUUACGUCCCAUCUUGCCUGAAAUAAGAGAAGGCAAAGGUAAGAAUAAACAAUUUCUGUCAGACGUUGGCAUUUCAAAAUUUGUCUCAAUCUGUAAUAUUGGACCAUUUUGUUUUACUGGAUAGAAUGUGAUAACUGCACUUAUCAAGAUAUAAUUAUGUGUUUCGUUGCAGUGGUAGCUGCCCGUGUGAUGUUAGUUGGGAUAAAAUGAGAUAUAAUCCCAUGAGUGGUUGAUAACUUGUUAGGAACAAGUUUUGGGUUGAUAACUUGUAGCAAAGGUGGAAUUUCACAAUUACAUUACAAUAAGUGCACUCAUUUUUAUUUUUCUUCUUUUUUAACCAAGAUUCCUCACGGCGCUUUGGAUAAAAGUUGCAGAUGUCCCAAAAUUUGAUUUUUUAUUUUAUUUUUAUCUUAUUACAGAAGGCCCAAAAAUUUCUUCAAUGAGUAACAUC